AUGACCUUUCGUAUUCACAUCCACUUCCCCACUCUCCUGAGCACUAGCCUCAAUCAAUCUUUGCUCUCCGUGUGCAUCUCACGCUGGGUCUUCGCCGGAGCAUUCCUCGUACUUUUAUCGCUCGCCACUCGAAUCCGUAAAUCCAAGUUGGAGAACAAGACCUGGAAAGAAACCGAAGCACACCUUUGGCUCACUGCGAUCAUCUCAAUCUACUGGCUCCUUACCGUCUCCUGUCUCGUCGGUUGGUUCUUUGGUAUCCUCUGGUCAAUCUCCAAAUCAAACCUGCCCCCAUUCAUCGUUCUCAACUUGAUCGGCUUAAUGGUCGAAGUGAUUCUCUCAGGGGCUAUUGUCAUCUCCAUUAACGAAGACUGGAUUCCCAUCACUUCUCAGCCUUCAAACACCCCCACAAAGCAUUUUCUGGGUCAAUCCAUUGACAAGCUCGACUCACAUCGUUUGAAUCACUCCCUGGAACCCUCUGCAAUACCUUCUAUAAAAAUGGGACUCUCAACCGCCAUGCGUCGACUCAUGUUCGCCGCCACAGCAGCUGAGAUCACCCUUGAUCACCGGGUCGCGGUCGACCACCGGUGUUUACUACUUUUGGCCAGUGUCUACUUCCAUGCCGUCACUUCCCACUUCAGAGUCCGUAAAGGAAUCGCAAAAGAGAAGGGCAAAACAGUGGUUUGCCACCUUCACUCACUUCUACGAUUCAUCUUUGCAGCUCUCCGAGUCCUGUUCGUGGUCCUCUGGCUAUCCUCCGCCAUCCUCCUUGGUCCUAUUGAUACCCGAUUCUUGGUCGAGAUCAGCGUCAUGUGGUUCUUGAUGUUGAAGCUGUCUAAGGAUGAACGAAUGGACAAAGACAAGGCUGUAAAUGGUCUGCCGACCUAG